AGCGGAUAACCUCUCCAGCCUCUUUCCCGGCCCUGAGCGGAGGAGAAGCGCGCAGGGUCCCGCGGGGCGUCGUAGGGAUUCUGUGAAGGCCCGAUUGCCGCGGUCGGCCCGGUGCUCGGUGUCAGCCUCAGGGCGGCGGCCGUGCAGUUCGAGCGGCAGAUCCCGGGCUCACCUGGCUUCUCUUCCUUGCAGCUCUGCUCCCACCUCCCCCUUGAGGGCCCGGGACCGGCUGCCCACCCGGGAAACCAGCCUUUUCCCCGCAGGAUGGACGAGGAGAGCCUGCAGAGCGCGCUCCGGACCUACGGCGCACAGCUGCAGCAGGUGGAGACGGCCUUGGGUGCCGGCCUGGAUCCCGCCGAGCUGGCCGACCUGCGCCAGCUCCAGGGCGACCUGAAGGAGCUGAUCGAGCUCACAGAGGCCAGCCUGGUGUCUGUCCGGAAGAGCAAGCUGCUGGCCACCCUGGAUGGAGAGCACCCGGAGAAGGACGACACCGAGUACCUGGCUUUCCAGAAGGCCGUUGCUGAGGCAGUGGAAGUGCCAGUAGCCCCCAGGGCAGAACUGGACGCUGUUCCUGAAAGAGCGGCUGGGCCAGCACCCAGCAAGCCAGGACCGGAGGAGGCUGAAGGGGAGGACUCGGAGGACGAGCGAGAGCUGAGUGGGAGGAAGGUGAACGCUCCCUACUACAGCUCCUGGGGCACCCUGGAGUAUCACAACGCCAUGAUCGUGGGCACGGAGGAGGCAGACGACGGCUCCGCGGGCGUGCGCGUGCUCUACCUCUAUCCCACCCACAAGUCCCUGAAGCCCUGUCCCUUCUUCCUGGAGGGCAAGUGCCGUUUCCAGGACAACUGCAGGUUCUCCCAUGGUCAGGUGGUCUCUGUGGAUGAGCUGCGCCCCUUCCAGGACCCGGACCUGAGCUCUCUGCAGGCCGGCUCUGCGUGUCUGGCCAAGCAGCCGGAUGGUCUCUGGUACCCGGCUCGGAUCACUGAUGUGGACAGCGGUUACUACACAGUUAAGUUUGACUCACUGCUGCUGAAGGAGGCUGUGUUGGAGGGGGACAGCAUCCUGCCCCCAAUGCGCCCAGAGCCUGCAGUGUCCUCUGACUCAGACAGUGGUGACAUGGACGACUCCAGCUAUGCCAGAGUGGUGGAACCCAGUGCCGCUGACCAAGGGACCUGCAGCUCUGCCUUCGCUGGCUGGGAGGUGCACACGCGGGGCAUAGGCUCCAGGCUCCUCGCCAAGAUGGGCUAUGAGUUUGGCAAGGGUCUGGGCCGACACUCCGACGGACGGGUAGAGCCCAUCCACGCUGUGGUGCUGCCUCGAGGGAAGUCACUGGACCAGUGUGCAGAGAUCCUGCAGAAGAGGACCAAAGGCUGUAAGGCUGGCACCAGUAGGCCCCUGAAACGCAGGGGCGGAGGGAGUGGGCCUAGGGGCCGCCUGCCUUCUCGGAGUGUGUUUGACUUUCUGAACGAGAAGCUGCAAGGCCAGGCUCCUGGGGCCCUGGAGGCAGGGGCGCCCCUCCCUGGGAGGAGUGGCAAGGAGCUGUACCACGCUAGCAAGAGCACCAAACGGGCCCUGAGCCUGAGGCUCUUCCAAACCGAGGAGAAGAUUGAGCAGGCCCAGCGGGACAUCCGGAGCAUCCAGGAGGCCCUCGCCCGCAACACUGGCCGGCACAGUGUGACAGUGGCACAGCUGCAGGAGAAGCUGGCAGGAGCCCAGCGGCAGCUGGGACAGCUCCGGGCCCAGGAGGCAGGCCUGCAGCGGGAGCAGAGGAAGGCAGACACCCACAAGAAGAUGACUGAGUUCUAGAGCCCCCUGCACGCGCCAUGGACGGGGAUCAGGGGCUCUGGCUUCUGGCUGCCCUCAGGAAGACCUGCUGUCAUCCAACAACUAGAUGCCACCAGAAGAGGGGCCAGCCUGCUUCCAGGCUAGACCCUACAGUCAGCCUUGUUGCCAUCCUGGGUGUGUGGACACUGCUGAGUGGAGAGGGGGUACAGGAAUCACAUCUUGAUACUCAAGCCCACGGAGCCCACUUGCCAGUGUCUACGUUUCAAGAACAUUAAAGUGAUUUUGUUGUAUUUUUUA